AUGUUAAUACCAACUUGUCUAAUCAAAUUAUUUGAAUUGAUGUUAGCAGUAGCGUGUCUCACAUUACACCACUACAGUUAUGACCUUACUGACAUACCCACAUUAAUGUUGUGUUCUGGAACAUACGUCGGGUACGUCAUCGUGCUCUCGGGGGAAAUAAUUGGGGAAAUGAUUUUCGCGCCACUCGAUCUUGUCCAGGACAUGUACUUCGGGGUCUUAGGAGUGGUCUUGUUUUCCUUGAGCGGCGGUCUGGUGCUGUCAGCGAGGACAAAAGCCUCUAUGUAUCCUAGAACUGGGGAUCCUAACGCGGCCUUGAUAGUCGGAGCCUUGGCGGUGUUAAACGCUCUAUUGAUGCUCUUCGACUUGAGCCUCGCUUAUAUGGACAGCGAGCAGUUUGAUGAAGAUGUCAGUGUUUAAGGUGAAGCGAUAUCGGCAGCAGCGGAUGCGUACAUAGAUGCGUGGUGGUCCGCCGCUGGCGCAGUUUUGUAUGGAGCGUGUGGAG